AUGAAGAAACCGGUGCAAGUGUAUGUCACUUCGGUUCUGAAAGCAUGCCGGAAGAACCAUCUCAAUGUCUUCGGCAACACUUCUUCUUCUUCUUCGCCUUCGCCUCCACAACUGAACAUCAAAAGAGUAGCAGCUCCUCCUCCUCCUUCUGUCGCUCUUCCACAACUCCCAAGAUAUAAACCUAAGUGCGACAUGACCAGCGAGCUCCUCUCUUCCUACGAUCCUGGAAGGCCAAUAACGCUUCUUCCGAAUUAUCGGAUCUUACACGAUGGCGUUUCGGAUAUUUUCGCCGAUUGCUUGAAGCCCGAUAUUCAAAACUUGAACAAACACUAUCAGCAACAACAGAGUAUCAAUGAUGACGAUGAGGAUGAAACGUCUGCGGCUGAGUGCUUGGAGAUAACCUCGGCCGGGUUGUCGUGCCCUGACUUCGACUCCGACUUCAACCGCAACACCUUGCUCUGCGAGAGCAUCGCCAAGAAGGUUUUCCCGCGAGAAUCUUACCCGGAAUACCUAGGUGUUGAGGAGUCGGAUUACACCGACAGAGUCCUGCAGCGGCUGAUCAAGGAGGUUUUGGUGCCCUUGAGGAAGGCCUUGGAGGACUGUGAUCUACACGAAGAUUUCAACAGGUGGGGUUAUAAACGGGAGUCCAAGCGGGAGCCCUGUGUGGUGAAGAAGUAUUUGGAGGAAGUGAAAGCAGCCGGCGGUUGCGGCAAGUCAAAGAUUGAGGCCGGUGCUUUGCUUCCACAUGAGAUCGCCUGCUAUGCGAACCACUGGCACCUUCUCGAAGUGGCCGAGCUUCAGUGGAAGGCAAUGGUGGAGCACAUCAGAAAGCAGGGCAAGUUCAAAAACUGCUUGGCUGUGCAUGACAACUAUGGAAAUGCGGCGGUGGCGUUGGCAGUGAUGAUCUCCGAACUGAGUGAAGAGCCAUGGAAAGGAAAGUUGAUGAAUUUCAGUCGAAAUCCGCAGCUGCAUUCGUUACAAGGCGAUCUCAAGGCCAAGCUAGAGAUUUUGAAGGACACCACGCAGUGGAAGGUUGAUUUGGAGGUGGUGAUUGAUUCUGUUUUGGAGGUUGCUGUGAAGAAUGAUUUGAAGCCGGAGCAGAUGAUCAGGAGGGUGCUCGUGUUCACCAGCUGCGAAGACUUUGAUAAGACUCCCGGCUGCGAUGGUCGUUUCUACUGCUGGAAGAUGCAGUAUGAGGAGAUACAGAGAAAGUUCAAGGACAAAGGGUACGGCGAUGAGGUGCCACAGAUUGUGUUUUGGAAAACGAACAACAGCAUGCCUGCAUUUGCGCCUUAUGCACUGCAUGGGAUGAUGAUGAUGAACCGCUUCAACGACAAUUUGGUCAAGUCCUUCUUGGACAAUGACAGGAAAAUUGGCCCGGAUCAUGUCAUGGAAGCAGCCAUCUCUGACCCCAGAUAUCAAAAUAUAGUGGUUGUGGACUGA